AUGGAUAACCGCGGCUCCUUUUUCUUUCUUCUGCUGGUCUUCUACAUUCUUCUCAGCUCACAGUCUCGCCCACCGCUGAUUGAUGAAGACCGUCAGCGUCAACGGGAACUCGACCGUGAGCAACAUGCAAUCAGUCUACUAAACGGGACCAACUAUGGGGAUUUCAAUCCAUCAGGGGAUCAAUGGCUUUCCUUUUCAGGUCUCCGGAAGAAUGAUACCUUUGCAUGGGACAUAUUUCCAAGCGUUCAGAACCGUGCGCGUGAUCACUUGAAGUCCGCUCUUACAAUUGCCGGCGUUGAACCUCCGAUCGGUCUGAAUGACCCCAACAAGUCAUCCUCGGUCAACUUGACAAACUUGUUCCUACCAGUGUAUCGCAAUACGACAGGCAAGUUGCGCGGUGAUUGGGUUCGCCGGACUGAUGUAACGCCUCAUACCCCUCUCAAUGUAACGGCCAUCGCCCUCGAGCACGAUUACUUCACACACGAUUUCAGCUCCAAUAUCACCGGAAAUGGAGGCACCCUAUCCUUCGAGCUAGACGAAGGAGGUGGAGAGGAAUUCCGGCAUGGUGAAGGCGUCGCCCGUGAGAUCAAAGCAACGGUGUCCGUUGAGGAUGACGACUUUUGGGGAAACACCUGGUACCUGUCAUUAUAUGGACUGCAUUUUCCAGAGACUGGUGCCAUGGUUUUGACAACUGCAAGUACGAAGUUUGGUGGAAUGUUCGCCUUGCCGCAUUUUACUUUAUCUGCCGAUAGCUAUGAAUUGGCUCAUCAGCUUUUACUUAAAUCGCUUAAAGACACCAUGUCCGAGGAGCAAAACCGACCUGCUACAUUGUUUCCAUGGUCCUCACUGGCGAGAAGCGAGCAGAUGGAAUUUCCUGUUCCUAAAUGCGAGCAUAUAAUCUUCUUGCAACAACAUCCAGUCAUUAUCGACGGGGCUGUUUCUGAUCGCUUACAAAUAGAGAGAAUGGAGCGAGAACUCAGAUUCCCCAUGGGCGCACCUAUUCCAGAUCCGCCUUUGAUGACUAUGUCCGCAGUAAUAUUCUCCCCCGAUUGCGGGUACAUACUGGAGACCAAAGGCACACCUGAAUUCCCACCCACUGACGCGCUCUAUCUUUCCGGUGCUAAACGCGAGGAAUAUAAUAAAUAUGCAGCUCGCCUAAUCUUCGUGGUAUCGGGUGUGUUCGUUGGCCAAAUAGCCCUACUUCUUCGUCAGAUUAAAGAAGCCUCUACUCCCUCGACCCGCAGCCGAGUCAGUUUCUACACCAUUGCGUUAAUGGCACUUGGCGAUGCUUUCGUGCUCACAUUUAUCAUCUUGGAGCUUUUUGAGGCCGUAUCAUUUUUGGUAUUGGCUACCUCAUUCUUCUUGGCGUUCCUUUCUGUCAGCUACAUAGGCAUGAAAUUCAUGAUGGAGAUAUGGGCAGUACAGGAACCUGAGCGGCGAGAAGAACGACCUCCCAGUCCGCCGGCUCCCACCACACGCCCAGGAACCCUUCCCUUGCCAGCCACGGCAGUACGUGACUCAGGUGCCACUCCCAUUAUAUUACCUCCCGACCAAGAUGCUCCAGAGGACGAGCCGCAACCUGCAGCUCCCAACCGCACAGCUCCACCCACCCCUGUACAAAUGCGCAGUGAUGUAGGCGCUAUGUAUGCACGCUUUUAUCUCGCAUUGUUUGGUAUGCUCAUGCUUUCAAUCUGGGCAUUCCUCCUGCCUCGUCGUGCAGGAUCGAUAUAUGCACGAUCAAUAUCAGCAAUUUAUCUCUCCUUUUGGGUGCCGCAAAUCUACCGCAAUGUGAUGCGGAACUGUCGCAAAGCUUUGCGGUGGGACUUCGUGGCUGGACAGAGCAUAUUGCGGCUGUUUCCCUUCUUAUAUUUCCUCACAGCCCGUGGAAACGUGUUGUUCAUUCGACCUGACUGGACCACUGCAUUUGUCAUGGCUGGAUGGAUGUGGAUUCAGGCCUGCAUGCUAGUGAGCCAAGAAAUUUUGGGCCCUCGUUUCUUCAUACCGCGAGGAUGGGCUCCCCCUGCUUAUGAUUAUCAUCCAACGCUACGGGAUACAGCUGGGCCGGAUGACGACCUGGAAUCUGGAAGUGUGUUAUCCAUCGCCUCUCUCCGAGCUGACAAACAAGAUCUUGUGAGUGACUCUAAGGAUGAUGAUAAGCAGCGGCCCAAGGACCGCAAGAGAGUUGUUUUCGACUGCGCGAUUUGUAUGCAGGAUAUUGAUGUCCCUGUCCUCCCUGCUCCUUCUUCUGCUGGCGGAAGUAGAGUCACCGAUGGAGCUACAAGUAUUCUCAGUCGUCGCACUUACAUGGUGACACCCUGUCGGCAUAUCUUCCAUACUGCCUGCUUAGAAAGCUGGAUGAGACUUCGCCUACAGUGUCCGAUCUGUCGUGAUACCAUUCCUCCUGUAUAG